CUUACCCCUGCGCUGCCCUGCCGAGAGAGAGAGCACGAGGUGAGAUGAGACGACGGACUGCGGACUUGGGGACACAGGCAAGACUGCAAAAUUUCACCCCACUAAAGCUAGAGCUGACAGGGGGGCCGGGGGUCCUGGGGUGAAUUGCUGCAGCGGUGCAGCCAGCAGGGUGCAGCUGUGGCAGUUGUGUGCACAGGUGCAGCAGUAGCAACCAACAGCAGAACCCACCUUUCAGGCUCUCUCUCUGUCCCCAGCUGCGUGGGGCCAUUGGCAGGCGUGGGCAAGGGUGCACGACCCCAGCAAGCAAUUCCCACAUCCACAUCGCCCCGAAACCUUGCAACUUUCAACACCAACCUGGCCUCGCCCUGCCUGUCUCGAGCUACACCACCCACAACCCACCACCCACCACCCAACCGUCCUCCUCCACCACCCGCCGUCGCCAGAUCAAUCCUCGUUCUUGUCGGCUGUCCCCUGCUCCUCUUUCUUGUUUCACCGUAUUCGCAACUAUUGUCUUUGCUCAACAGUCGCGACAAUGCGUGAGAUCAUCAGCGUCAACGUCGGCCAGGCUGGUUGCCAGAUCGCCAACUCGUGCUGGGAGCUCUACUGUCUCGAGCAUGGUAUUCAGCCCGAUGGAUACCUGACCGACGAGCGCAAGGCCGCCGACCCCGACCAGGGCUUCAGCACUUUCUUCUCCGAGACAGGCCAGGGCAAGUAUGUCCCGCGAACAAUCUACUGCGAUCUUGAGCCCAACGUCGUCGACGAGGUCCGCACCGGCCCAUACCGAAGCCUCUUCCACCCCGAGCACAUGAUCACUGGCAAGGAGGAUGCCUCCAACAACUAUGCUCGUGGCCACUACACCGUUGGCAAGGAGCUCAUCGACGGUGUCCUCGACAAGAUCCGCCGCGUUGCCGAUGCCUGCGCCGGUCUCCAGGGCUUCCUGGUCUUCCACUCUUUCGGUGGUGGUACCGGCUCUGGUUUCGGCGCUCUCCUCAUGGAGCGUCUGUCCGUCGACUACGGCAAGAAGAGCAAGCUGGAGUUCUGCGUCUACCCUGCUCCUCAGACCUCGGUUGCCGUCGUUGAGCCCUACAACUCGAUCCUGACAACCCACACCACCCUGGAGCACGCCGACUGCUCCUUCAUGGUCGACAACGAGGCCAUCUACGACAUUUGCCGCCGCAACCUCGGGCUCGAGCGCCCCAACUACAUCAACCUGAACCGCUUGAUUGCUCAGGUUGUCUCUUCCAUCACCGCUUCCCUGCGUUUCGAUGGCUCCCUGAACGUCGACUUGAACGAGUUCCAGACCAACCUUGUGCCAUACCCGCGUAUCCACUUCCCUCUGGUCGCCUACGCGCCCGUCAUCUCUGCCGCCAAGGCUGCCCACGAGUCCAACUCGGUCCAGGAGAUGACCAUGUCCUGCUUCGAGCCUUACAACCAGAUGGUCAAGUGUGACCCCAGGAACGGCAAGUACAUGGCUACCUGCCUGCUGUACCGUGGCGACGUUGUGCCCAAGGAUGCCCACGGUGCCGUGGCCACGCUCAAGACCAAGCGCACCAUCCAGUUUGUCGACUGGUGCCCUACCGGUUUCAAGCUUGGUAUCUGCUUCCAGCCCCCUGAGCAGGUGCCCAACGGUGAUCUCGCCAAGGUUGACCGUGCUGUUUGCAUGCUCUCCAACACAACUGCCAUUGCUGAGGCUUGGUCUGCUCUUUCCCAGAAGUUCGAUCUCAUGUACUCCAAGCGCGCGUUCGUCCACUGGUACGUCGGUGAGGGUAUGGAGGAAGGUGAAUUCUCUGAGGCUCGGGAGGAUCUGGCUGCUCUUGAGCGUGAUUACGAGGAGGUUGCUACCGACUCCAUGGGCGAGGAGGGUGACAUCGAUGUCGAGUACUAAAGCGUGUUGGAGAUCUGAGGGAGUCUUCUUGGCAAACAUACCCCAUUGACUUCGCUCUACUAUUGUGAGCACACAUGUGUGAUCCUGGUUUCCCAGGGACAAUGUGCUGCGGAUCAUGAAGAUUAGAUAGUGACCCUUUCCUUCACUGUUAGAUCGAGGUGGAGAUUACCCAACUUUAAUCACAGGACACAAAAUUGUACGGAGUCCAAAAGAACAUACUUUGCAAAAGGA